AUGUCGGGGGACGAUCCGAUCACCAGGGAGCACGCCUUGCUCUGUCGGAUCCUGGGGUUCGCGGCGUGCUACGACCAGGUGAGCGUCUGUGAGCUGGCGCACCUGGAGACGACGGCGCAGCGCCUCCAGCUGCUGGAAGAGCAGGCGGUCGAGACGGCCUUCAAACCGAAGGGCAGCGACAAGAAUGACAAGCACAAGUCCCACGUGCUGGACGACCGCGCCGAGAACAUCCUGUUCCUGGGCGCCCAGGAGAGCCGCGGGAUCGCGCGCGCGUGCCCGCUGCUGAGCACAUGGAUCGCGCACGAGUUGAAGACGGGGGCUGCGGUCGCCAAGGAUUGCAGGAAGGUGCGCUUGGGCCCCGAGCUGCACAGCUUCGCGACGUCGGCUGCCCCUG